AUGCAAUCUUCUCUUCUCAUUCUUCUCGCCCUUGUCUCCAUCACUGCUGCGUGUCCAGGACUCUUCGGAAUGGGCGGUGGAGGCGGAUGCGGGUGCGGAGCUCCACCACCACCAUCGCCAUGUGGAUGUGGAGGAAGAAAGAAGAGAUCUCUCCCAGAUAAACCAACUGCUCCAGAAUUCUUUGGUAUUGCUGCAGGAGACAAAGAUGUGAUGUGUAACACUCCAGAGUUGAAGAAAAUCAUUUUGGAGAACAUGCACUCCACUUCUGUUGACUCUUCGAAAGCUAUCAACACCGUUUUGGAGAGCCGCCAACUCAACAGAUUCGUUGUAGUCUGCUCAGAGAACCCAUUUGUCUUCACAAUCCGUGCCGACACUGCCUACUGUGGAGCCACCAAGAACGGACACAAUUGUCAUGCCUUCGCUAUGUGA